AUGUCGUCGAUACUAUCACAAAAAAUCAAGGUUGCAUUGAUCCAAUUUAAAUCAUCAAAUGUUAAUAAAUUAAUUAACUUACAAAAUGUCGAAAAAUUUAUUGAUAAGGCAAUGAUUCAACAACCAGAUACAAAAAUUAAUUGUCCUCCCAGAAUGUUUAAUUCACCAUACUCUAUCUAUAAAUUUAAAGAUUAUGCUGAACCAAUAUCAUCAACUGAUUUAACAACACCAACUUUAUCCAUCUUAUCCAAGAUUUCAUUAAAAUAUAAAAUCAUCUUAGUUGGUGGUUCUAUCCCAGAAUUAGACCCCACUACAUCAAAACUAUACAAUACAUCGAUCAUCUUCAAUGAAAUGGGUCAAUUGAUUGGUAAACAUAGAAAAGCUCAUUUAUUCGACAUUGAUAUCCCUAAUGGGAUCACAUUUAAAGAAAGUACCACAUUAUCUCCAGGUUCCAAAGCAACAACAUUAAAGACUACUUAUGGUAAUAUUGGAAUUGGGAUUUGUUACGAUUUAAGAUUCCCGGAAUUAGCAAUGAUUAGUGCAAGAAAGAAUGCAUUCGUAAUGAUUUAUCCAGGUGCUUUCAAUACCGUAACGGGUCCAAUGCAUUGGCAUCUUUUAGCAAAAUCAAGAUCAAUUGAUAAUCAAAUUUAUACCAUAUUAUGCUCUCCCGCUAGAAAUUUGGAGAGUGAUUAUCAUGCUUAUGGUCAUUCUUUAGUAGUUAAUCCAAAGGGUGAAAUUAUUGCGGAAGCUGGAGAAGGUGAAGAAAUCGUUUUUGCCACUUUGGAUCCAAUGGAAAUUGAAAAUUUUAGGAAAGCUAUCCCAAUUACUACUCAAAGAAGAUUCGAUAUUUAUGAUGACGUUAGUGCAAAUAUUGAAUAA